AUGGCAACGGUGUUGAAUGGUGGAGUCCAUGGGAUUUCCAACUUUGCUUUGCUGCAGACUUACAAAAGUCGCUUUGAGGAGUUAACUGAAACGGAAAGGAAAAAAGAUGACUUGAUAAUGGAACUUUUACGUCAAAACGAACAAUUAUCAGGAUUACUCGAACGAUAUGAAGAUGACCUUGAGAGGGAGAAGAGUUAUGCUCGUCUUUCGCAGAAAGAGAUCAGGGAUCUUAAAACCCAAUUUGGGGAUGCUGAAGAUAAGCUAAAUUCUUACCCUUAUAUUCAAGUCUUAAUUGAUGGAGAUGGGAUGUUGUUCCAUCUAGAUUUAUUGAAGAAGAAGAAAGAAGGUGGGAGCGAAGCCGCAGAGCUACUACUUUCAGAAAUUCGCGAGCUCGUCCGCUCCAAUCGUGAAGACUUGUGUAUCAAAGGAGAUUUUGAAAUCAGAGCCCUUGUAUUCGCCAAUUUAGACGGAUUAUCCAAGGCUUUAGUCAAAUCAAAUAUACUCAAACAAGGCGAUUUACAACAGUUCUUCAUGGGAUUUACUCAACGACUCGAACAUCUUAAUUUUAUUGACGUUGGUUAUGGAAAGGAGAUGGCUGAUUCAAAAAUUCGAGGAGAAUUUUUGUUCCAUUUGAAAGACCCACGUUGCCGUCUAAUCCUCUUCGGAGGCGGUCAUGAUAACGGAUAUGCCCCGUUCUUGAAGACAUGUACCGCCACCAACCCUAAUUACCCAAUCUGGCUCCUCGAAGGCCCACAGAUGGCCCGUGAAAUUGCAUCUAUGAACCUCCCUAGUCAAAAACUCCACGACCUUUUCUCCAAGGACUCACAAAGCGAGAUUACUAACGGUUCACCCGUCUCGGCUCCUGCGAUCUUAACACCGACCACCAGCAGCUUGAACGGACAUGUGAACGGUAGUAACGGAGGAUCGGUGACCUACGACACCCCGCAGAAGUUCUCAUAUGCUUCCGCCGCAGUAUCUGCACCACCGGGGUUGAUCCGUCCCACUAGUAUUCAUUACAAUUCCAGCCCUACCCUCGAGACAUCGAAGACAAUCACAAUUUCAGGAUCCGGAACUUCAACUUCCGGUAACAACCCUCCGCGAGGGAUCCAACAUACAAUGGUGCCCUCCGCCGACGCGGAGAGGGUCAACUACAUCAAAAACCUAAACCCGCGAGCUUGCAAUAACUUUUACCUCCGCGGGGCGUGUUACCAACAACCGUGUCCUUAUUCUCACAAAUACAAGUUGAGCACCGAGGACGUGAAGACGUUGAAGUAUAUUAUCGAACGCAGUAAACCUUGUCAGCAGUUAAAGAAGAGAGGGUUCUGUGAAGAUGAAAAAUGUUAUUAUGGACAUCAGUGUCCGUUUAGAACUAACGCUGAGGCGGCGACCGAUGGGCGGUGUAGUAAUUUUUACUGUCGAUUUUGUCAGGAUGACGAGUAA